UCAAAAGUACAUAAUUGAGGAACGUUACUCCGGUGGCAACAUUGAAACGCGCAACAUAAAUUUAAAUCGAUAUUGAUGUCAACAAAAUAUGCUUACGAAACACCGGUUUAAAAAUGUUCAAAAUUUUUAUAAUUUCCAUGUUAUUUGCCAUGGUUAUAGCCGAAAAAAUCACUUAUACGUUUCCGGAGUUUCCCUACAAAGAAACUAAUAAAAAUGAAGUGAUGUUCAGGGAAGUGGAAACGGCGUGUGAAAGAGGUUGUUUGGGGAAAAAUGGGGUUUCGAAAGUUCUGUGCAUUCGGCAAUGCGUUUCGCCAUCCUGCUACAGAGAUUUAUACUCGAAUGAUCAGUUGGAGGAUGGGGAAGUUGAUGUAAGACUAAACUCGUUUAAGGGGUGUUUUAUUCAACGAUACAACAGAUCUCGCCCAUAGUUAUUUUGGCUAACACCGACAAUUCUUAACAAUACAACAUCUAAAAGUAGAUUAUUCACAUUGGUAAAAUUACAAUAUAUAUAAUAUAUCCUUUAUAUGUAUAUAAUAUGUUUUUCAAUAAUGAAUACACACAUUUAAAAAUAUUCAAUUUACAACUAGAGCAUGUUUAAUAUUUAUUGUUUUGGUUUUUUAUUACAAUAUAUUAGUUAUUAGGUAAUGUAUGACUGAAACUACAACCUGAAUUAAUGAUACAGUAUGGUCUGUACAGUUUUAAUAAAGCUAUUUAAAUCGAA